GAGGGAGAGAAACAGAAUGAGAGAGUAUGUGUCAGUUGCUUGACAGAAGCAGGCAGUUCGACAUGAGUGUUAGAAUGAGAUAUACAAAGAGUGGGAGCACCGGGUCUCUUCCAAUUUACUGAAAUUUCUGUUUACAAAGUGAUUCCUUGCUUUAUGUUCUCUUUAGCUCACUCUGAUCAGAGAUCAUGAGUGGUUUUCAGUUGGACACUCUUCUAAUUAGUUAACAAUUUAUUUAGUUUUUAUUUAAAUUUAUAUAUAAAUAUAUUAUAUAUUCUGUAAAUAUAUACAUAUAAAAUCUGACAACACCAGUAAUAGGGUGUUCACUGGUGAAAUCGUCUUUUUCCUGCUUUACAAUUAUUUUUUUUUUUUCACUUUCCACACACGUACCUUUGUCAUGGAAUUUAAACAAGAACCAGUUGAGAAUUAUUAUACCAUUGGCGAAAAUUUAGGAAGUGGCCAGUUUGCUGUGGUGAAGAAGUGCAAACAGAGAGAAACUGGUAAAGAAUAUGCUGCCAAGUACAUUCGGAAACGUCGUGCGGGAGGUAGGAGAGGUGCCAGUAUCGAAGACAUCAGGAAAGAAGUUGAAAUUCUCUGUGAACUUGACCAUCCAAACAUUGUUCAGUUGUACGAGUGCUUUGAGACAAAGACUGAAGUCAUUCUCAUUCUUGAACUGGUGCCUGGUGGAGAGCUCUUUGACUAUCUUUCUGAAAGAGAUAAACUCUGUGAAGCUGAGGCAUCAGCAUUUAUUAAACAAAUAUUGGAUGGUUUAAGACAUUUACAUGAUCGCCAAAUUGCUCACUUGGACCUUAAGCCAGAAAAUAUCCUCAUGGUAAACCAGACAAGUCAGAGAAUCAAGUUGAUAGACUUUGGAUUGUCACGGAAAUUAAAACCUGGCAUUGAUAGUCGUGCCAUGAUGGGAACUGCUGAAUUUGUUGCUCCUGAAGUUGUCAGCUAUGAACCACUCACACUUGCUACAGACAUGUGGAGCGUUGGUGUGAUAACCUAUAUUUUAUUAAGUGGAACAUCGCCAUUCCUCGGCGACACACCUCAAGAAACCUACCAGAAUAUCACAUCGGUGGACUAUGAUUAUGAGGAUUAUUUUGAGACCACAAGUAAACUGGCCAAGGAUUUUAUUGAUAAACUCUUAGUGAAAAACCCCAGGAAACGAGCCAGUGCUACAGACUGUAUGAGUCAUCCAUGGAUACAGCCUGUUGCCAAACAAGAGGAAGAUGUGCGCAAGAGUUGUGUUAUCAACACAGGAAACUUGAAAUCUUUUAUUACAAGAAGACGGUGGAAACAAGCCUUCAAGAUCAUACUGCUGUGUAACCGAUUGUUAAAGUCCACCGUCUGUGCCCACCCCAAAGGAGGAGAAUCUACUGAAAAACAGGACAAAGCCGAGAAUGUGGUCAUGGCAGCGUUAUUCCAGAGUGCCGAGGAAGGUAACUUGGCUGGUUUAAAGGAAUUACUUAGUAUGGCAAACAAUGUAAAUGUCAACACAGCAAACAGGCAUGGUGAGACAGCCAUUCACAAUGCUGCUAGUGGAGGACAUGUUGAUGUGAUCAAAUAUCUCCAUUCCAAAGGAGCCAAUAUCGAUGUUCUUGACAAGCACAAUGAUAGUGCAAUAUUUUGGGCUGUUCGUCAUGGGCAUUUAGAUGUGGUUCAUUACCUUAAAGAAGAAGGUGUGCCCCUGAACAUACAAAACAAGGCUGGUGAAUCAGCACUACAUGUAUCUGCUCGCUAUGGUCACAACCAAAUCACAGAAUACUUAUGUAAUUCUGGUACAGACAUCAACUUAAGAGACAAUGAUGGAGAAACGGCCCUGCACUGUGCUGCUGCUCGGGGUCACACUGAAUGUGUCAAAGUGUUGUUACAGCAUGAUGCUCAAACAAGUUUAGUUGACAAAAACGGAAGCACUCCACUCCACCUUGCCUGUAAUCGGCACCAUGUCCAAAUUGCUCUACUUUUGAUACAUAAGGGCUGUGAUCUCGAUACUACAGAUUUAGAAACUGGAGAAAAUGCUUUACAUAUUGCUGCAAGAAAUGGCCUAGUUCCUGUUGUACAGGCAAUGUGUGCCUAUGGUUGUGUUGUAGAUAUGACUAACAGGGCAGGAGCAACGGCUUUACACCUGGCCAGUAAGGCUGGUCAUAUUGAAAUUGUCCGGUGUCUUUUACUAUCAGAAGCAAAUGCUGAUGCCAAGAAUAAGGAUGGUGUUACUGCUGAAAUCAUGGCACUAGCUCAGGGUUAUACAGAGAUUGCUGAACUGCUGAAUAAGGUCCAUGGGGAUCGAGUUACUGCUUUCAUCCAACAAUUAAAUCCACAGAAUCAAAACCUGUCUCGAAUCAAAGUUAAGGUCCUUGGUUCAACUGCUGUUGGAAAAUCUACCCUUAUAGAAUCUCUCAAAUGUGGCACCCUCUACAGUUUCUUUCGAGGGCGCCUCUUUAGUACUGGCUCUCUAUCUGCCAGAGAGAAAAAUCGGUCCCGGAUGCUACGUCAAUACAGCUUACCAACACCACUUUGCUACUCAAUUGGUAACCCUACAUAUACCAAAGGAAUAGACAUCCAACAAGUAAAUGUCAAAGGAAUUGGUGAUGUGAGCAUUUGGGACUUCUCUGGCUACCAACCUUAUUAUAUGCUCUACGACCAUUUUUUACAUGACCAAACUUGUGUCACCAUUAUUGGAUUUAGUCUAACGGAUUCCUUUGAUGAGCAAAUUGCCCAAGUGAUGUUCUGGUUGAAUUUUGUCAAGUCCAGGGCUGGUCUGCAACCUCCUCUGGGUCAGUGUGGAAAACCUUUAAAUCCACUUGGGGUCAUCCUCGUUGCAACUCAUGCGGAUCAAGCUACCAACUGCAACCGUAACAAUCGCGGUGAAUAUGUCUGUAAAGAGACACAAAUGAUACUUACAAAGGCACAGAAGGAGUUUGGCAAUGACAUGGAAAUUGUGGAUCGAGUAUUCGUUAUAGACACCCAGGUGGCUGGUUCAUCUGAUAUGAAAGCUCUCAAAAGACAAAUUGCUGAAAUGAAGGCACAAAUUGUAAAGUCAUUACCACAAACAUCUGGCUUCUUGGAACUCAUGGUCUCACAACUUCCGUACUGGCGUCGAGCCUCAUCAUCAUAUCCAGUAUUAGAUUGGAAGAGUUUCUCAGAGCAUGUUCGCACAAAGAUUAACCCCUUAGCAGGUGAAAUCGAUCUAAAAUCCCUUGUGCACCAGUUACAGUUAAUUGGUGAGGUGAUUUACCUUGAAAAUGAAACUGGGCCUGACCUUGUGGUACUCCACCCCAACUGGUUGUGUACGGAUGUCAUUGGAAACCUCAUUUCUCAUGACAAGAUCCUCCAGACUCGGAUUACAGGUUGUUUUACCAUCGAUGAAUUUCAACUAAUGUACCCCGAAACUGAUGCUCUAGACUUGCUUAAGGUUCUCGAAUGUCUCGAAGUCUGUACACAAUGUGACAAUGAUGGUGACGUCGAAUAUGAAUUCCCUUGUUUGAAUUUCGUUGAAACCCUGAAUGGUCUCUGGCAGAAGGACUCUCAACACUAUGCAGAUGCUAUCUACGGCGGGAUGCGGAUAAUAUCUGUGUCAGAUUCCGGUAAUCAGUUCAAAUACCUCUUCCCGAGAGUUCAGGUACAGCUGAGAAGGACUUUGGUGCUGGAGAAUGAUGAUCCUUCACUUGAUUUGUACCAGUGGCACCACGGUUCCAAAUACUGCUGUGGUGAGUUAGAAGGAAUCCUAAACAUGGACAAAAAUGAACAAUUCUUUGAAAUCAAAGUCCGUGGUCCAAAAGAAUCUCGGACAGCAGUUUUCUACUUCCUCGAGGACUUUGUCACAGCUGUCGAACAAAUCAUUCAUGACAUCUGUCCCUAUUUUCAAAUAGAGCGACACAUACUUCACAGGGGACAGCUAGAAGAACAUGUAAAAGUGGUAUCCAGCUAUUCUCCAAGACAGCUCAUUGAAUGUCAACUGAAUCAUACCCUUAGUGUCAAAUUGGACAAAAUGGAACCAGAAUGCAUCGCAGAGGUUAUUUUCCUCGGUUCCCCUGAUGUCAUGGAUAAUGUUACAUUGGGGGUGGACUUGCAUAUUUCUAUGCUGACUAUCCAUGCGAGACGUAUUUUGAGUGCCAUGCUCGACCCUGCUGAACCGAUGGGGCGAGACUGGUGCCUGCUAGCUGUAACACUUGGGCUUACAAAAGUUCUCCCUUCACUGGAUUCCAGCAGCAACAAGCACGAAAGCAAAACGAAUCGAACACUAGAAGAAUGGUCAUCAGACUCUAAUGCCACUGUGACCAUAUUAGUGAAUAGACUGAAAGAGAUGGGUCGUGGGGACAUUGUUGAAGCUCUCUACCCCCAUUUUCUUCUUUACCAAGUUGGAUAUGAAGACAAUAGUGGGGAAGACAAUAGUGGUGGAAGUCGACAGGGCACUAAUGUAUCUACAAACACCCUGUCUAGUUUGUCUCGGUAGGGGCUGGAGGAGAAAUAAAAUGGACUGUCACAUAAUGGUGCUCACACUGGCAGCUCUCUCUUUCUCUCUCUCUCUCUCUUUCUCUCUCUCUCUCUCUCUCUCUCUCUCUUUAUCUCACUGUA